UGCACCUGGACACCACUGGACUCACAUUUCGUUGAAUAGCUUGGGAAAGAAGAUGGCGAGAAUGGUGUUGGGGCUAUUAAUUGCCUUGGCGUUCUUUGGCAGUUGUUUAGCAGACAGAGACUGUCGUGUGGAUAAUUUCGAAGUCAUGAAAGAUUUUGACAAGGAAAGGUAUGCUGGGGUCUGGUAUGCUGUGGCAAAGAAGGAUCCAGAAGGACUUUUCCUACUUGACAACAUUGUUGCUAACUUUAUAAUUGAGAAGAAUGGAAAAAUGACCGCAACAGCUAAAGGGAGAGUCCGAAUCUUAGAUAAACUGGAACUGUGUGCUAACAUGGUUGGCACAUUCAUAGAAACCAACAACCCUGCUAAAUACAGAAUGAAGUAUCAUGGGGCUCUAGCCAUCCUUGAGAGAGGACUUGAUGACCAUUGGGUUGUGGACACUGAUUACACCACUUAUGCAAUCACUUAUGCAUGCCGUCGCCGAAAUUUUGAUGGCACAUGCAGAGACAGCUACUCUUUUGUAUUCUCCCGUGACAUUAAUGGCCUCCCAUCAGAAGCUCAGAGAAUUGUAAGAAAGAGGCAGGAGCAGUUGUGCUUGGAUAGGAAGUACAGAGUCGUUGCUCACAAUGGUUACUGUGAAACAAACUAAAGAAAACUGAGGAUUCAAGAGAUUUUACAUGAAUCCUGUUGAUGUAAUGUUUACAAGUAAAAGAAACAACAUCUGAAAACUCAUCUUAUACCUAUAAGUUUAAUAACCUUUGUUUUUAAGGAAUAAAGAACAAUUAUAAUAGUAACAAUGUACAUAUGUUACCCAAUCCUCCAUUCUUUAAGUAUUUAAUAGAUCAUCUUCAGAGAAGCAUCUGUAUCCAAGCAAUGUACACCUUCUUUCCCCAGUUGAUUUGUCUAUUACAAUGAAAUACAUUUCUUUUAAAUCCUA